GCGCCAGUCAAGAGCUAGCAUGCACCGCUGCAUCGCACGCUGGCAUUCCUCUGGUCUUGUGAUGGGAGUCUUCCAGAUCAAGGAACCAUGUUCCUGCACGCCGUUUGAAGUGUUGCAGAACUGAUUUGAGCUGUGUUUGUUGCAUGUGACAACAUGGUCAGACAUCUGGUGAAUUCGGCAAAUAUUGGAUGAAGUUAUACUACAAACUUCUAUUGAGUAGGUAAUAGCACAGGUGACAACCAUGACAUACUGACUAAUAAACUUAUAUUACUAUUAUUAGCUCAGCCACCAAGAAAGUAAACUGAGGGCCUGGCUAAGAGACCUACGUUUUAUACACAUAGAUAUUCAUCUAUUUAUGACAUCUGUACAUCAUUACGCUUUAUACACUUGUUCAUCAAAGAAGCACGGAGAAAGAUGCACACAAACGCACGCAAACAGUUUUAUUGGCAACUUACCCCCCAUGGUAGAGUGGGCUAAACUGCAUGACUUCUCUGCCUCUCAGUAUUAAAUGAUCAUUAAACGGGAUGUUCAGCAAAGCGGCUUUCACAGCCCAAGGGGCUAAUGGUGAGCGAUAUUGUUUUCCACGGCUAAUCGGCUCUAACAGUCCUGGCAUGCUGACUUUUCUCACUAGGUUAUAAAUAGAAGGAAAAAGCUAUAAUAAAGCACCUCAUUUGUCAGUUAACUUAUUAAUAACAAAAUCUAUGUUUAUGUGUUUUUGAAGAAUCCCAGUUUGGCUAUGCAGUGACAGUGUUGGCGGUUUCUUUGGUUAUCAGGGCCGAGAUGUUGUGAAGUAGAGGCUCAAGGUAGAAAGGGCUUAUUCUUAACCCCUACACAAACAGACAUACAAACAGUCACACGUACAAACACACAUAGGCAUUCAAACACACUAUGUGUUAUUUAGUUGGUGCCACUACUAAAAUGCCAUACAGGACACUAGUGCCCCAGCUUCACGUGUUUUAGAGACAACUGCUUCGUAUCACUCAAGACAUGUUUUGUGAAGUUUUGAGCAGUAGGGGUUGUGUGUGUCCAUCAUUAAUGUCAUGGUAAUGACAGUUCCCUUCUCACCAUGCAAAACCCAACAGGGUACCCGUCUCACUGAGACCUAUGAGACCACCUCAUCCAGGACGUCUCGGUUGUGAUUCCCUGAUCCGGUCUUGGGUUUGAAAUAUGCUUUCACAUGACCAAUUUGUCAUACAAACUGUACUCUAAUUAGGACUAAUCUAGCCCAUGAAAGGCCCAUCAAAUUCAUAUCACUGUGUCCAUCUUUUCGGGUGAUUAUCAGAACCAAGGUUAGCUGAAGAGACGAAACAGCCACCUGUGUCAAAGAGCUGUUAAUGCUAGGGUGGGCAAUGUAUUUUGGAAGCAUUUUGGGCAAAUGUAGGCAGUCCCUUAUCUAAAGCUAGCUAACUAGUCCUAUGUUUUGGGGAAGUUCUUGAGGAUGGCCUGAAGGGAGGUUGGAUUCUUUGAUGAUCUAGCGUUCUUUGGCUGAUACCCAUCUGCACAAAUGCCUGUUGGUUACUAAGUCUCCCAACCCCGGAACAUUCUGGAGAAGUUCUGGGGGUUAAUGCUGAGGGGUGAUAUUCAUUAUCAUCACAACGGUGUAAUAUUUCGGAAAUGAUGAUCAUUGAUCACAGCCUUCAAGAAGACACCGUGCCCUGCUUCUAUAGUCCAACAGCUAAUAUUGACUUGCUGUAAUUGCCAUUGAAGGGUCAGUGUGAUCCCAUGACAUCAUCUCCAUCCAAAGGUCCGACAUGUCACGGACUAGUGUGACAUGCUCUCUCGAUGUACCGUACAACUCAUCUCAUCACUCAUACACAGCGCUCAUCUGUUCAUCAGCACCGGGGUGGUCGCCUGAAACAAGGAGGCAGUUUAAUUAAAAUACCUCAGCUUGUUCCCAAACCUGCUUGUGCGGUUACUCUUACCUUCCCAGCUAUCUCAGAUAGUGUUUCAGCCCCGGAGAGGUGGUGGAUCGUCUCUCAGAGAGGAGAGAGCAACGAGUGACUUGUCGAAACACGCUAGCAUAAAUCCCCUGUGCUACCGUUGUGUGCUCUGACACAAGGCUGUCAUGGCAGGCAAGCUCCAGUGUGUGUGUGUGUGUGUGUGUGUGUGUGUGUGUGUGUGUGUGUGUGUGUGUGUGUGUGUGUGUGUGUGUGUGUGUGUGUGUGUGUGUGUGUGUGUGUGUGUGUGUGCAUGUGUGUGUUUGUGACUUUGUAACAGAGUUAAUCCCUAAUCUUUGUAAUUAGAAGUCCAAAGUGAAGUUAUUAGCUGGAGACCCUCCCCCCCUCCCCCUCCAAAGGCAUGCACAAACACACUCACACACGCAGCCACGCACACACACUCACACACACACAGGAACGCACAAAUACACACACCAAACACCCCUUCGCUAGCUCCUUUGACCUUGUGCACUGCAUUGAGGGCUCCAUGCAGUGAACAGAGGGCCCUGUGGCAAUCUUACAGCGUUACCAUGUCAACAGCAACAAGUUAAAAUGUACGUAAACAUGAAUAACCAGCUCUGAUGGGGUACGAGCCUGAACUCAUUUCCUUUACAACUGGAUCAAUGUUUGAAUGCAUCGCAAAUAUAGGCCUGAACUUUUCUUUGCAUGGAAUUUUUGACUUCAAGAUUGGAACAUGUCAUGAUACAGGUCCUCAAAAUAUGUUGCAUUAGAAAGCCACAUCCAACACUGAGCACUGAUUCAAAUAAUUAUUUUCUGUUUUUAUUGAUAUUCCUGAAGAGCCACUAAGAGCAUUCAUACACUAGAGGGCAGCAUAAGCAUUGCUUAUGUCUUAUCUUGUCAACGAGAUCACCACCGUUUUGGGGGAAUUUUUAUUUUGUAUUUAAAAGGGGUCAUAUUCCCUGUUUUGUUUGCAAGAGUAUUCAACAUUUCCUGGGAAAUUAUGCAUCACUAUUAGCCUGUAUACAUUUAUAACAUAACUCAACCUCUUUUUAUGUCAAAAAACACUUACAGUGAAAGCUGUUGUGUUGGAUCUCACAGUCUGUUAGCGUGUUUGCGUGUGACUAUAGUGUGUGUCCGGGUGUCCAUGUGUGUAUGAGCGUGCGUGCCGGGGCCUCCGGUUGUUUGUUGACCCUGGGUGAUGCUGUGUGUCCUGAAUGGUGAUUGACUUUUCCCCUCGCAGCUCAGAGCACAGUGCUGCACCACAGCCGACAUCAUAGGGAGUAGUAGUACAUCAUAGUACAACAGCCCAGUUAGGGACCUCAGCAACCAUGCUGCCCCACAACAACAGCAGUUACAAGGGGGUUUGGACCACAGGACUUGGGAAUCACAAAGAAAAUAGUCCAUUCCUUAAUAAUGUGGAUGCUGCCAGGAAAAACGACUUCUACGACCGGAAUCUGGCCUUGUUUGAGGAAGAGCUGGACAUACGUCCGAAGGUCUCCAGCUUCCUCAGCCGAUUGGUCAACUACACCAACAUCACGCAGGGAGCCCGGGAGCACGAGGAAGAGGAGAGCGCCAACGUCUCCCGCAAGAAGGCCCCGAAGGCCCCCAACAUGGGCACCCUGAUGGGGGUGUACCUGCCCUGCCUGCAGAACAUCUUUGGGGUGAUUCUGUUUCUGCGGCUGACCUGGAUCGUAGGAACGGCCGGCAUCGCUCAGUCCCUCAUCAUCGUCUUCAUGUGCUGCUCGUGUACAAUGCUAACAGCCAUAUCAAUGAGUGCCAUUGCGACGAACGGUGUGGUUCCAGCUGGAGGAGCCUACUUCAUGAUCUCCCGCUCGCUGGGCCCAGAGUUCGGAGGGGCGGUGGGAUUGUGUUUCUACCUGGGGACCACCUUCGCCGCUGCCAUGUACAUACUUGGGGCUAUAGAAAUCUUCCUGAAAUACCUUCUCCCCCAGGCGGCCAUAUUCCACGCCAGCGGCCCCCACGGCGGGGACAGCGCCAUGCUGAACAACAUGAGGGUGUAUGGGACCCUCUGCCUCAGCCUCAUGGCCCUGGUGGUCUUUGUGGGCGUCAAGUACGUCAACAAGCUGGCCUCGCUCUUCCUCGCCUGCGUCAUCAUCUCCAUCUUCUCCAUCUACGCCGGUGCCAUCAAGUCCAUCACGCACCCCCCGGAGUUCACGGUCUGCAUGCUGGGCAACAGAACCCUGGAGAGAGACCUCUUCGACGUGUGCUCUAAGACGGUGGUGGUGGGCAACGAGACCGUCCCCAGCCAGCUGUGGAGUUCCUUCUGCCCCGAGGGGAACGUGAGCAGCGCUCAGUGUGACGACUACUUCAGCCAGAACAACCUGACGGAGAUACCGGCCAUCCCCGGCCUGGCCAGCGGCAUUAUCAGUGACAACAUGUGGGGGGACUACAUGCAGAAGAAUGACGUGAUGGAGAAAGCGGGCCUGUCCUCGGUGGAUGCCAAGGGGGCGGCGGAGAGCAUUGGCAUGUAUGUGACCGCAGACAUCGCCACAUCCUUCACGCUGCUGGUAGGGAUCUUCUUUCCCUCCGCUACAGGCAUCAUGGCGGGGUCUAACCGGUCGGGAGACCUCCGCGACGCCCAGAAGUCCAUCCCUGUGGGAACCAUCCUGGCCAUCACCACCACGUCGCUCGUCUACUUCAGCUCUGUGGUUCUGUUUGGGGCCUGCAUCGAAGGUGUGGUCCUGAGGGACAAGUUUGGGGACGCGGUCAAUAAGAAUCUAGUGGUGGGAACUCUGUCCUGGCCGUCACCGUGGGUCAUCGUGAUUGGCUCCUUUUUUUCCACCGUGGGGGCAGGGCUCCAGUCCCUGACCGGUGCUCCCCGUCUCCUACAGGCCAUCGCCAAGGACAACAUCAUCCCGUUCCUACGGGUGUUUGGUCAUGGUAAGGCCAACGGAGAGCCCACCUGGGCCCUGCUCUUGACCGGGGUCAUCGCUGAACUAGGCAUCCUCAUCGCCUCCCUGGACAUGGUGGCCCCCAUCCUUUCCAUGUUCUUCCUGAUGUGUUACCUCUUCGUGAACCUGGCGUGUGCCGUCCAAACUCUGCUGCGCACACCCAACUGGAGGCCACGCUUCAAGUACUACCACUGGGCGCUGUCCUUCCUGGGCAUGAUCAUGUGCGUGGCGCUGAUGUUCAUCUCGUCUUGGUACUAUGCCAUCGUGGCCAUGGUUAUUGCCGGCCUUAUCUACAAGUACAUCGAGUACCAAGGGGCAGAGAAGGAGUGGGGCGAUGGGAUAAGAGGCCUGUCACUGAGCGCCGCUCGCUACGCUCUGCUGAGACUGGAGGUCGGGCCGCCCCACACCAAGAACUGGAGACCUCAGCUGCUAGUGCUGCUGAAGAUGGACGAAGACCUCCAUGUCAAGUACCCCCGGCUGCUGACCUUCGCCUCGCAGCUCAAGGCGGGCAAAGGGCUGACCAUUGUGGGCUCUGUGAUCCAGGGGAACUUCCUGGAGAGCUAUGGGGAAACACAGGCGUCUGAACAGGCCAUCAAGAACAUGAUGGAGAUUGAGCGGGUGAAGGGCUUCUGCCAGGUGGUGGUGGCCUCCAAGGUGAGGGACGGCAUUGCCCACCUGAUCCAGUCCUGCGGCCUGGGGGGCAUGAAGCACAACACGGUGGUGAUGGGCUGGCCCUACGGCUGGAGGCAGAGCGAGGACCCCCGCGCCUGGAAGACCUUCAUCAACACGGUGCGCUGCACCACGGCCGCCCACCUGGCCCUGAUGGUGCCCAAGAACGUGUCCUUCUACCCCAGCAACCACGAACGCUUCAGCGACGGCAACAUCGACGUGUGGUGGAUCGUACACGACGGGGGCAUGCUCAUGCUGCUGCCCUUCCUGCUCAAGCAGCACAAGGUGUGGCGGAAGUGCAACAUGCGCAUCUUCACCGUGGCCCAGAUGGACGACAACAGCAUCCAGAUGAAGAAGGACCUAGCCACCUUCCUCUACCAGCUAAGGAUCGAGGCUGAGGUGGAGGUGGUGGAGAUGCACGACAGCGAUAUUUCCGCCUACACGUACGAGCGGACGCUGAUGAUGGAGCAGAGGUCUCAGAUGCUGAGGCAGAUGAGGCUGUCCAGCGCAGAGAGGGACCGAGAGGCCCAACUGGUGAAGGACCGGCACUCCCUGGUGCGCAUGGGAAGCCUGUACUCUGACGAGGAGGAGGAGGUGCUGGAGUCUCCCACGGAGAAGGUCCACAUGACCUGGACCAAGGAGAAGUGUGAGGCGGAGAGGAGGAACCACACCAACGCCCCAGAGAACUUCAGAGAGCUCAUCAGCCUAAAACCGGACCAGUCCAACGUGAGGCGGAUGCACACGGCGGUGAAGCUCAACGAGGUGAUCGUCAACCGGUCCCACGACGCCCGCCUGGUGCUGCUCAACAUGCCCGGCCCGCCCCGGGACACGGGCGGGGACGAGAACUACAUGGAGUUCCUUGAGGUUCUGACCGAGGGCUUGGAGCGAGUGCUGCUGGUCCGAGGAGGGGGGCGGGAAGUCAUCACCAUCUACUCCUGACCAACCACCCUAACCCUAACUACUGCUACUACUAUACUACUACUAUACUACUACUAUAAAGGGCUCGCUCGGCCUCGGCCCAGCCCCGGCGAGACACAGCAACACAUGACCAGCGGUACUGGUGUUCGCUUUACGACUUCUGAGAUCCUUUACAAAAAGAAGACUCUCAGAAAUAUCUGUUAAUAUCCCAACUUUUCCAAGUCACGUUCAGACCAAACGUCCAUCAACGAUGUCAGUAUUUUUUGUAUUUUCUUAGUUAGAAGCUCGCUAACUAUGCUAGCGUGUAGAUACACCUGCGACUAAAUAGGGACUCUCAGUCAGACGGUACAACGCAGUCAGACGGACUCUUCUGGACAGUGGAUUGGUUUCUUUCUUUCUUCUGCUACGCUAGCUUCUGCAGUGCGCCUCACCCAACGCUUCUAGCAGCGCCUUGGCAGCAGAAAUGUAUUUAUUUCCUUAUUUAUUUGUUAGUUCUCCCCACAAUGAGGUUAGAGAGAUAUAAACAUGAUGAGAAAUUGUAAAAGUCAUUGCUGGUAAUGGACGUGUAUUAAAAUGUUAUUUGUGAAUGUAGAUGCAAGGGAAUUGUAAAAGCAAUUGCUGAAGGUGUUCUUUGUUUUUUUAUUUAUGGAUGUUUUGUAUUCGACAAGGAUUUAUAUUGUUAAGAAAUACGUUUUGAAGAUAAAUAGUUUUUGGAAUCACCACACAUGUAUUUUUAUUUGAUUUUGUAUCUGACGGACUAGAAACAAGAUAUAUUUCCUGCGCCAUCACAGGCAUUGUUGCACACAUUCCUGUUUCUUACUCUAUAGAUUGAAGUGUGGAUGGGAAAAACUACCUUUUGUAUUAAUAAAUAAAACGCCAAGGAAAUCGAA